CCCGCCGCCGGGCCGGGCGCGGAGCCCUGCCUUUGGCCGCCCGCAGGAAGGCGCAGCGGGGUGGGGACGGGAGGAAGGAGCGGAGCCUCCCCUGAGUGGGCAGCGCCGCGCAGCCCCGCCGCCGGCCCAGGCAUCGGCGGGCGCAGUGAGCGCGGUGCGGAGCGGCGUGGCGUGGCGGAGAGCCGCGGGGCGGCGGCGGGCGGCCGGGCCAUGUCGGAGACGGAGAGCGGUGCUGCAGAUGCAGUUUCCACAUCUGCUUACUCAUCGCCAGCCAAAAGUUUGGGAGACCCUGGAAUAACUCCACUGUCUCCAUCACAUAUCGUGAAGGACUCUGAUGCAGAUGAUGCUGUAGAACAGUUAUUUCUUGUUGUUGUGGCUAUUGAUUUUGGCACAACAUCCAGUGGCUACGCCUACAGCUUCACCAAGGAACCAGAAUGUAUUCAUGUAAUGAGACGAUGGGAAGGAGGAGAUCCAGGCGUAUCCAGUCAGAAGACACCAACUACUAUCCUUCUAACACCGGAGAGAAAGUUUCAUAGCUUUGGUUAUGCAGCAAGAGAUUUCUACCAUGACCUGGAUCCCACUGAAUCAAAGCACUGGUUGUAUUUUGAAAAGUUCAAGAUGAAGCUACAUACCACUGGUAAUCUUACCAUGGAGACGGACCUGACAGCUGCAAAUGGCAAAAAAGUCAAAGCACUUGAGAUAUUUGCUUAUGCUCUGCAAUUCUUUAAGGAACAGGCAUUAAAGGAGCUCAGUGACCAAGGAGGCUCAGACUUUGAAAACACUGAAGUAAGAUGGGUCAUUACAGUGCCUGCUAUUUGGAAGCAGCCUGCAAAGCAGUUUAUGAGACAAGCUGCCUACAAGGCAGGAAUGGCAUCUCCUGAAAAUCCCGAGCAGUUGAUCAUUGCCCUGGAACCUGAGGCUGCCUCUAUCUACUGCCGAAAGCUCCGCCUGCACCAGAUGAUAGACCUGAGUAGUAGGGCGCCUGUCAAUGGCUAUAGCCCAAGUGACACUAUUGGAACUGGAUUUACGCAGGCUAAGGAACACGUCCGUCGUAAUCGACAGAGUCGUACCUUUUUGGUGGAAAAUGUCAUAGGAGAGAUCUGGUCCGAACUGGAGGAAGGUGACCGUUACAUUGUUGUUGACAGUGGAGGAGGCACAGUGGAUAUGACUGUUCAUCAGAUAAGGCUUCCUGAAGGACAUCUUAAGGAGCUAUACAAGGCAACAGGUGGACCAUAUGGUUCUCUAGGUGUGGACUAUGAAUUUGAAAAGCUCCUGUGUAAAAUAUUUGGAGAAGAUUUUAUUGAGCAAUUUAAAAUCAAGCGUCCUGCUGCCUGGGUAGAUCUGAUGAUAGCGUUUGAGUCCCGUAAACGGGCAGCAGCUCCAGACAGGACCAAUCCACUAAACAUCACUCUGCCUUUCUCCUUCAUUGACUAUUACAAGAAGUUUCGAGGUCACAGUGUAGAACAUGCCUUGAGGAAAAGCAAUGUGGACUUUGUGAAGUGGUCCUCCCAGGGAAUGCUGAGGAUGAGCCCGGAUGCAAUGAACGCUCUUUUCAAACCUACAAUUGACCAGAUUAUUCAGCACCUUAGUGAUGUGUUUGAUAAGCCAGAAGUGACCAAUGUCAAGUUUCUGUUCCUGGUGGGUGGCUUCGCUGAAUCGCCCUUACUCCAACAAGCUGUCCAGAGCGCCUUUGGUUCGAGAUGUCGAGUCAUCAUUCCUCAGGAUGUGGGGCUCACUAUCCUCAAAGGAGCUGUUCUCUUUGGUCUAGACCCUGCUGUCAUCAAAGUGCGGCGUUCACCUCUCACCUACGGUGUGGGUGUGCUCAAUCGGUUUGUGGAAGGGAAGCAUCCACCAGAGAAGCUUCUAAUCAAAGAUGGCACACGCUGGUGCACUGAUGUCUUUGACAAAUUUAUCUCAGCCGACCAAUCUGUAGCCCUUGGAGAAACUGUGACACGCAGUUACACACCUGCCAAACCUUCUCAGUUAGUAAUAGUGAUUAAUAUCUAUAGCUCAGAACAAGAUAACGUCAGCUUCAUCACCGAAUCUGGAGUGAAAAAGUGUGGCACCCUUCGCUUGGAUCUCACGGGAACUGAUGCUUCAGUGCCAAACAGGCGGGAGAUCAAAACACUUAUGCAGUUUGGGGACACUGAAAUCAAAGCUAUGGCCAUUGAUGUUGCCACCUCUAAAAGUGUCAAAGUUGGCAUUGAUUUCUUAAACUACUAACAGCCCAUUUUCCCCACCACAGCCUGUUUGUGAGACUGAUCUUCCACCAUUCUGUUUUCUGACUUUCAUAUAUCAUGUAAUCAACUUGAAUUUCAGCAGGCUAUAUGAGAACAGCUAGUAACGUGGGGUAUGUCACGUCUGUGCCCUUUGAUGACCAAAGACUGGAUUUUGAAAGACCCUUAAAAUGUUUUGGGAGCAAAAGUGCCAGACGUAGUGAAAGUUCCCAAGUUACUCAAGCAUGCUUAAAGAUCUACCUUUAUUAAGUAAAUACUGAUUAUUGUUGGGUCCUGAAGAUUAUUUAAAAAGGUAUAAAAUAGUAAUCUCUUUGCUUUGUUCUUCCUCUUCCUCCCAAGAAAAACUCACUAACCCACGUGGUGGUUGUAGGGGGCGUAUCUGUUUUAAACAGCACCAUCUGCUGGCAAUGGGAACAAGUCAGUAGUCCAUAGUAUUCUUUUGUUCUUCUGAUUUUUGUCCUGUACUUUCAAAACUUUAAGUGCUGAAAAUCAAUGACUUAAAGAAAUGGGAACCGAGUUUCUUGAAUUCUGAGGUCCCACUGAAAAGAAAAUCCUCAGAAAUCCUUAAAAAUAGAUUAUAUAUCUAUCUAUAUAUAGAUAGGGAGCCUAAUAUUGAUUGCUCUAGUUUGAAAACAAGGCCUUUAUUGUUAAAACCUCUCAGAACUAGCCGUUGGAUUAAAUAGCUAGCAUAACCCUCACUAUAUUUUGGAAAAUCCUUAAGAACAAAGCUUUUUCCCUUUUUGGGUCUUCUAAACUUAUUUUUAAUAGUCUUCAUCUGAAAUCAUAGAAUUACAGAAUAGUUGAGGUUGGAGGUGACAUCUGUUGAAUUGACUGUCUGGUCCAACCUCUCAGCUCUAAGCAGUGUCAGCUAGAGCAGGAUACUGUGUUCAGUUUUGAGUAUGUCCAAAGAUGGAGAUGCCUAAAUUUGUCUGGACAACCUGUUCCAGUAUUUGGAAACCCUCCCUGCAAAAACAGGGUUUUUUCUUACAUUUAAAAGGAAUUUCUCGAGUUUCAGUUUGUGACCAUUGCUUCUUGUUCCUCACUACUACCUCUGAGAAGACCAGCUCUGUCUUCUUUAAUGUCUUCUGUCAGGCAUUUAUACACAUUCCUAGCAUCCCCUGAGCCUUCUCAAGUCUGAACAGUGUUAGGUCUCUCGGCCUCUCCUCACAUGAGGGAUACUCCAAUCUUCAUGACCCUUUGCUGGACUCAGUCCAGUAUGUCCAUGUCUCUCUCAUACUGGCAAGCACAGAACUGGACCCGGCAUUCCAGAUGUGGUCUCAUCAGGGCUGAAUACAGGGGAAUAAUCACUUUCCUUGACCUGCUGGCAAUACUCUUCCUAAUGCACCCCAGCAGGCUAUUGGCAUUCUUUGUUGCAAGGGCACGUUGCUGGCUCAUGCUUAACUUUGUGUCUACGAAGACUCCAAGGUCAUCUUCUGCCAAACUGCUUUCUAGCCAGCUGGCCCACAGCGUAUACUGGUGCAUAGGGCUCUUCUUCCCCAGGUUCAGGACUUUGCAAUUCUUUUUGUUGAAUUUUAUGAGGUUCCUGUCUGCACAUUUCUCCUGCCUGUCGAGGUCCCUCUGACCUAUCUGGUUUACCAAGCACUUCUCCAAAUGAUUAUAUUUCUUUUCUUGUUAAUCCCUAUGUUAAGAUGCGGAAGUACAAUUAGAUGAUGGCUGUCCAGGAAGAUUUUAACAACUUUAAGAAGAGAAAAUAUCCCUAUCAAAAGUACUGUAAUAUAUUUUGAGUAGCAUGCAUUUUAAUUGAGUAAAAUAUAUUUCUGGGUUGAGUUGAACGGCCGGUAAGGUGGAAGGCAGAAGCCAGGAGAAUGGAGCUACAAAUAGCAUUAAGUAAAUCAUUCCUUACAUGGCUAUGAGCUCACCACUCUAAUGCAGGUGAAAUACAGUGGUGGUCAUGGCAUCUUGUUUUCCAAAUACUAACUUUCUGGAAAUGUUUUCUUAAGCAUGUUCACCUGGAAAAUUUCUUCUGCAACUGGACCAGUUUUUAUUUUUCAAAAUACUACAGGUAGAUAACUUCUGCAACCUACAACCUGUAUCCUCCAUGAAGUGGCACCUUCAGAUUCAAAUUCAAAUCCACAUCCCACUCCAAAUUGGCAGACUAAUACUAACCUGUAGAAUCACCCUAAAAUGUUGACACUUUUGGAGCAUUUAUACAGAGCUGCCUGAUUACCUGCUGGAAUUCAUUAUAUUUUUGAAACUUUGCAAUGUUAAUUGUUAAACUAAACCUUCACUUCUAAUAAGUUGAGCAUGAGUUAAAUCCAUUACUGACACUUUUGGGAAGUGAAAGCUUUAUCAAUGAUCUCACUAAUUUACAUUCCAAUUCUGCACUUAAGCUUUCUGUGUUUAGCGGGAGUUUUGCCACAGUAAAGAGCUGCAGAACUGGUCUACUGCAUUUUGUCAUUGAGUUUUCCGUGUCUUCUGCAGAAUUCCCUAGUUGAAUGUGAAAUCUGUUCUGCAUUCAGCUUUUUUAUUUAAAAAAAAAAGACUUUGGAGAACGCUAGUCACAGUAUCUGCCUGGAUACUUUCUAUAAUUACAAAGUGUGCUUGCUAGCAUUCAGUUUCCUGCUGCCUGCAAAAUGCUUUAAAAGCUAAAUACUGGGAUUUUUUGUGUGUUGCUUUUCCAUUGUUUACAAACAAGGGAAACUUUAAGAUGAGUUAUGAACAAUAUAAUUUUAUGUAUAUACAAUAUUUAAAUAUUGUACAGACUCUUUCUUUCUACAGUGCUAUUUUCUUGUAUAAAAAUGCUCUUUGCCUCUGUUGAUUUCAUUCAGCUGUUAAUUUUAAAUAACAUAGUUUCUCAAUCAGCUUCUGUAAUUAUAGGCUUUUAAAGAUGGUAAGAUAUGAAAUGUAAAAGGCUGAUCUUAUAAUAAUAGGAAAGAAAUGUUGGUGUGUCAGAAAAUACGACGUUCUUCCUGCAAUGCAAGUCGUACCAGUUAAGCAUAUUACACAGAUGCACUAGUAUCUUGCUGGGAUUUUAAUUUCUUUGUUUCAGAUGGUGACCAUUCCAUCUCCAGCAGUUCAUCAUAAUAAUGGAUGAAUCCUCCUGUAAAACCAAGUUAAAAUUCGAUUUUAUGAUCUGGAUAUACAGCUUCUUCACUAGGUUUUGGGGUUUUGUUAAAGAUCUUCUCUAGUUACAAAAAAAAAAAAAGACACAAAACUACCUUCCAAAGAUAGGCAACACUGAUCUAUUGUAGCUGCACGUAAGACCCAGUCUCUGUCUAUCACUACCACCUACCAAAAGACAAAAUUUUUAAAGAAAAUUAGGCUUUGGUGUCUUUGCAUCCUUUGUUAAACCGAAUUGGUCCAUUUCUGCACAGAUUUGUUUCCGAUGGCCUUAGGUUAACACAUAAUUCGGUCUAAUAAACCACUGCAACCACCUCCUGUCUUCCCUCUGAAGAGGAGGCAAACCACAAGAUCAGAUGGCCCACGAUUUUUGUGCUGUUUUCAGCCUGACUGCAGGGAAUGCAAUGGGUAGUUUUUACAGCUCUUCUGAAGCAUAUUUUCCUGCACAGUAGCGAUUCUCUGGCCUUUCUUAUUCACCUUUCGUAAGAUUCCAUCUGGAUCCAAGCAGGGGUUUGUUGCUGAAAUGACUCAACUCUAACUGUACAAUGUGGUUUGCAUAUUUUUGCACUUCAUUCAGUCUGAUGAGAGCACUAUCAAGCUUAUCUUUGCAGAGCACUGAACUACUGAAGAAACUCCCAGCUGUCCUCCUUGCCCUGUUCAAAUCUAAGAAUGGAAAAUUAGCUUGUCUUUCUAAGGAAUUAGAAUUGUAAGUAGAAUAUUAUGUUGUGGUCUGUAGUCUAUAACCUGGUUAAAGAACUUUACAUUGUAAGUGGCACGUGGAUGCCUAUUUUGAUAAAGGAUGUUAGGCUGUAAAAUUAAUAUGAAAUUUAUUAGGAAAUGAGUCAUUUUUAGAGUAGUACUGAUACUUUUGCAGGAGAUUCCCUGCAGAGCAUGUUUUUUGAAGGGGUUUCAGAUGACAUUGUGCAACUUAAUGUUGAAAAGAUAAGGCCUGCUAUCCUUAGGGAAAGCAGAAGGCCUUGGCAGAAGCUUUGCUCUAAGCAGCAACUUGCAAGUUUGGGUCCAAAUUACUUAAUGCUAGGCUGAAAGUUAGCAGCUAAUUGUGAUAGAAUGAUUAAUUGUGCUAGGAUAUGAUAAAUGUGCAGUGAUGGUUAGGGCAGUUUACAUUGGUAUGAAUAUACCAAUAUUUAUAUACAGGAGUUUUAAUGCAUUAUUAUGAGAAGGCUAAUUAUAUAUUGCAGAGAUUUAAUUGCCAAGAUAAGCUGCAUAUUUAUGAUAUGAAGUGGCUUAAGCGGAUGAAUAGUAUAAAAGUUGUUGGGCAUAACGUCACAGUACUCACCUGCUUGAAAUAGUCUUAAACUAUAUUAUAAAACCAACCAUUGUGGUCUUGUUCACCCCUGUGCAAGAUAAAUUCAGAUUUCACUGAUGUUUGGAGCUGUUCACAACUUGUCUGGAUUGUAUCUUGAGUGUUCUUGUGUCUUCAACCAUGUCAAAUAAAAUACAGUAAAACUGA